CACAGCCAACGACCCUACUACUUCCUUUCUUCUUCCUUUCUUCUUCCUCUCCCCCUCCAUUUCAACGACCGUACUUUUACCCACCUCCGUUCCUCAUCAGCCCUUUUCCGAAAUGCUUUGUCGCACCCUUGGCGUCUACGCCUCCCUGGCGCUGGCCGCCAACUCGGUCCUGAUCCCGCCAAACGUUGCGGCUGACAGCCUUGGCGACGAUAACGCAAUGGAGCUUGCUAUCAACCCUUUCAAGCGAACAGUUGCGUUGGAGUGCCCUGGAUGUGCUCUGGCGAUGAAGGAGGGGAAUACUUUGUCGUGGACACAGGAUGCUGGAAACUCUUUCCUACUGGACUUCGAAAUUGGAGCGAAGGAGUCGACACUUGAGAUCGAUGGUGUUCAACUCUACCCCCCGGCGUUCGGCGGUUUCACGGAACCCUUCUACGUCACCCAAGUAAAUCCGAACCAAGAGUCGGAGGAUGCGCUGCGGUUGCGGGUAACUGGAUACACGUUCCACUACAACUCCGCAGAGACGAUCACAGAAGCCGGCGCUGAACUACUACCAAUGACCUUCCGCAUCACUUCUAUCGAGUCCAAGGCUGUCGACCCUCCUGCUCUCACGAUCAACCUCCUCAAGGACGUCAACGGACGCCUCAUGAUUGCCUCCUUCCAGAUGGCCCAGUCUAACGAGGCCAGUCCCAUCGACCAGGAGAAAGAGUGCAAGGAAUGGCCACUGCUGUGCAAGUGGAGGUCCAUCCUAGCAGACAAGAUCAACGGCAUUAAGAGUCACAUGGGGAAAGGUUGCCACAAGCACAAGGGUAACCCCAUGGAAAGCCCCGAGAUGCACGGCAAGCCGCCGCACACGUUCCGUCCUGGCCAUCCUCACCACCACCCACACCAUGCCCAACACUCUGGCCAUCGCCAUCAUGCUCACCAUAGGUUGCAUAUGUUCCUCCGCCGAGCCGUCUUCACCAUCCUGAUCCCAAUCCUCAUCGGCAUCUUCGCCGGAACACUCACCUACCUCAUCGGUAUGGCUCUCGGCUGUGCUAUUGCGAUCCUCGUGGCCAAAAUCCGUGGGCGUGGACCAUACGAGAGUGUUGCCCAGCAGGACGAUCUCGAAGAAGCUACCGACAAGAGUUCCGAGAAAGAGCUAUAUGCCGAGCUUCCGGAAUACGACGCACCUCCUGUCUACGAGGAGGCUGCGGAGAAGGAGGUAGUCAAUGAGUCACACUAAACUCGACUUAGCGUUAGUGCGUUCGAUUAUGGUGAAAUUGGGAGAUUUAGGACACUUGGGCACUCAGAUAUUUCCCUAGGAGGAUCGUUCAAGAAGAACAUCACUGGACCCGAUACACUGUGUUUACAUCCGGGGUAAUGGUAAGUACUGUGGCUCGGGAGGAGUUACGCUGCUUCCAUUGCAUAUCUAUGAUUUUGGCGACGACUUCCUUUUGUACAGUACACCAAUGCAGAUUGCUUUGUUUUGGACUUGUUUCCGUAUUCAACGUGCGUAUCUUGAUUUGGGCACAGCACUUUGGCGACUGGUGCAGAACAUGAAAGGGCUCCUGCGAAACCGCUCGCUAGAAUUGGGGAACAGUCUGCAGGUUCUGUCUAGAACCACAUCGUUUCCAUGUUCUCACAUAACUCGUUCUUCAACCAACCAUCACGAGUCAACCACCUUAGCCAACUCCGUGUUGCGAGAGGUAAUCU